AUGUCGUCGUCGACUCACCAUCCCACCAACCCCGUCCAGCCAGAGUCCAACCAACCUGUCCGCGACGAUGCCAUGAUGCAGUUUAGAGAGAUCGCCCCUGACCGCAAAAGAGAACACGAGUCGGCUCUGGGCCUCCCUACACCACUGGCACCCCCACAACCCAGUGUCAAAAGAACCAAAACUGAACAGGCGUGUUCGAAUUGCCGAGCGCUGCGCCGAAAAUGCAAUGGAGCCAGCCCGUGCAAAACCUGUCAAGAAAACUCCCUCCCCUGCCAAUAUGGAGGUGACGCUCGUGCCCCGGAGAAACUCACUCUGGCAAAAGCGAUGAAGAGAAUUGCGCAGCUUGAAGAACGCUUACGUAUCUACGAGGGCUACACUACCGGACAGAGCCUCAACGAGCCAGGUCUGAGCCCUCCUCGCUAUUCCGAUCAGAUAUAUGGGACCGCGACCGAAACGAGUCGGAGGGAAGACGAUAUGGCCCAACUGCUUCGAGGUGUAAACUAUCUGACAAUCUCAAGAAAUCCCGAGUUCUACGGCGGCUCUUCCUCCAACGCCAUCAUCAGUGCCGUGGAAGCAACAGAUGAAUCGGAAGACCAACCGUCUACUUCUCGGAUGGAGUCACCGCUAAACAGAGCUAGUUUGUGGCUCGAGAAUGCUGCAAACCUGAGGUUCGCGAAAGUUGUAGGGUCUUCGCUGCCUCCAAGGUCCGUCGCAGACGACUAUGUGAACCGCUACUUUCAAACAGCCCAUCGUCUAUAUCCCAUCCUCAACCGCACCACUUUCAUGGAACGUUAUCGAAACUUUUGGGAAGGCCUACCUACAGAAGGAAAAGGGUAUGAGCUCUGGGCUGCCGUCUUGUACAUGGUCCUAGCCCACGGUCAUCAAUGCAGCACUGUCGACCCAGAUGAUCGAGUCCGAAACGAUGCCCUUGCCUCACAGCAUGGGGAGACUUGCUUCAAUUUAGCUAAAUCCACCUUUGCCGACGUUCCUUUUUCUGGUGGUGACAUGUCUGCAGUAAACUCCAUGUUUCUUGCCUUUGUCUGGCUCUUUAAUCAACAGAGACUCCACGAAGCAUAUGCGAUGCUGGGAACUUCGGUAAGAGUCGGUUACAGCAUCGGUCUUCACCGAGAGCUCAUGCCACUUGACGCUCACGUUCUUGAUACUAACGGAUGGUGCGCAACCUGGUGGGAACUCGCCACACUAUCUGGCCGUCCUUGUGGUAUCCAACCACGAGAGGUUGACGUAAGACCGUUUCCCUUGGACACCUCGCCUAUUGAUCUCCAAUAUUUGGAGCGGAUGCGACAGUUUUCUUAUUUAGCAUGGGACGCAUAUGAACAAGUCUACUCGCUCGCUUUCAAACACUCUGGAGUCAGUGAACGCGCAGCGGCUCUUCGUGCAGCUGAUGGUGCCAUCUGCGCUUGGUAUGACAGCUGGUACCAUGAUUCCACAUGGUCCAAGGAACCGCAUGGCCUGGUUAUCCGACUGCGUAUGUACUUGACUUCCCCCAGCUCAGGCCUGGUGUUAUUGAAUCUCAUUGUGGUUGUGUUAGGCUACCUGAAUCUCAGAAUCCUCCUAUACCGGGCAUUCCUCAACCUGGUUGUACAGAAACGAGAGAAGCAGAUGAAAGUGAGUGAUGAAUCAGUCGUGGCAGCGGCGAAGUGCAUCGAAAUGGCCAUGUCGCUGAUCAACGUUACGACCACUUCCAUCAACGCCGGAAGCUCUGGUACCCUCCAAGCAGCCCUGUUUCAUACCAUGGGUUACCUCUGGAAUGCGACUCUUACGCUUCUGCUGUACGUGAGGAGCGAAUCCACUCAUGAUCUUCUCGCGGCCACGAUACCGGAUCGGAGCAAGAUCAAUGACAACAUCGAGUCCGCUGCGGUAUUUUUCACCAGACACCAGGAAGCUUUACCAUUUGCUCGUGUGGCGUCUGAGAAGAUCCAUCGGCUAUUGAAAAAGGUAGCCACCGGGUAUGUCUCAAGCGACACACCAAGUACGUCGACCGACAUCCAUGCUGGCUUCGCUGUUCCCGACCUGGAGUCACCGGAUCGAAUAUUGAAUUUUGUCCCGGGAUUCGACGUUCCAACAUUUGAUAUUCCCCGUUUCAAUUUCGAGAUGGCCUUUUCGGAUGCCCCACCACAGGAUGACCUCCCAGGUAAUCAUGCCAACGCGCACUGGAGUCCUGAAGGUGAAGGGUUUUAUUUCUAUGGAUCUCCCGAGGCAGGAUAG